GGUGAUUCUGAUCAGUGAUUGGCUGUUGAGCCCUCGGCCAAGUUCUCAACUCACAAUGAAGAAACAAUGGCGGCGAUCGUCACUACUCCGCAUGAGGGCAGAGUCACCUCUAUCAACUCAAUUUAACUAAACUGGUAAGUGAAUAUUUUAACGAUGCAUUAAAUAAACCGUGUCUACAGUGAAAGCUGUAGGUAUUUCGGUUGCUAUGUCUAACUAACUUGUCUAUGUUGUAACGAGCCGUGGAUCCGGGUCCAGUUGUGCUAACGUUAGCUAACGUAGCUAACGUAGCUAACGUUAGCUAACGUUAGUUGCUAUCAAGCUUUAAGGUGCUUGAUUUAACAGAUUUAAAUUUAACUCAAAUGGCGUUUUAUUUUUGAUAAUUAAACGUUUGCCUCUGAAGAGCGAGGGUCGCUAAAUCAGCCCCGCCUGAGCACACCCCCCGCAACCUACCCCCACCCGAGCUGGGGCUGCUGCUCAGACCCUUGAAGAUCUGCAUGUUGAGUGGGCUAAUUCUCACAUUUUACUAUGUUAAAUGAAGGUUUUAUUUCUACCAGACCGUAGUGAUUGCUGGAGUGUAUUAGAAAAACCAAGGCAGAAGGCAAAAAAGUGUUUUUGAUUUAUUAAAGUUAACUUAGCUAGGCUUAGUUUGGUGAAAGAGAGAAACUCAGAAGGUGUAAGUUGUAUGAAUCUGUUUAAUAUGGAAAUAUAUUAAUGUUAAGCACCUUAAAGGCUACUGCUUCUAAUGGUGAUCUACUGGAACUCCUUGCAUCUGUGUAUAUUUAGAACUUCAUUAUCAGAAGUUAGUACUUCCAGUUAAAUAAUAUUUCAUUUUCACAAGCUAAUUUUCUCUGGUUUGUACAGCAGGAUGCAGUACUGUUACUUUAAUGUAAGACUGAGGACAAACAAGUGAUCCAUUUAUGAAUAGCGCGUGAUCUGUGCAGAAGUAAUUUUAAAGGGGUAACAUUAAGACCAAUUGACCUAUAAAAUCCAUCUCUUAUGGAUAUAUAAGUUUUGGGCAUCCUGCUGCUCCUUCAUCAAUGCACUAUAUUCUGUGACCUUAGCAAUUAUCCAACUUAAUGUAAUUGUCAUAGCUAUUCUCACUAUCUAUAUAUACUGAUUUGUUUAUUACUUAAUAGUCUAUGUUUUCUGAAAACUACUGCAGCAAACAUGAUGGAGAGAAGGAGGAGAGACUCCUGAACAGGAUGCCGUGGACCACAUCAUUUUGGGCAGAGAUAAAUCUUUUCUACAAGAAAAUAUUUAAUCCCACAAAAUGUAAUUUUUAUCUGGGCUAUUUGUCUUUCAGCAUAGACUCUUCGAAAGAGGAUGGAACACUGGACGACUGGCAAAUGAUGACCACAUAAACCCCAACUGCAGAGUAAAAGAAAAUACUGUCAGAGGAAGGCCACACUUGUGCCUGUUUGCUGUGAAAGAGAUAUUUCCAGACGAGGAGAUAACGUACAACUAUGGGGAUUAUUGUUGGCCAUGGCCCUCAAUGGCACCUUGCAAAGAACUGUCCAAUCCUGAGCCCAAGCAAGUGGUUCCAGUCUUGGCAGAAAAAGAAAUGGCACCCUGCAAAGAACUGUCCAAUCCUGAGCCCAAGCAAGUGGUUCCAGCCUUGGGAGAAAAAGAAAUGAUGAAUUGGAACCGGAAACGAUUGGAGAGGAAGAUCCAGACGACAAUGACGAUGAUGGAGAUGGUGAAAAGUCUCAUCCUGUCCUUGGAUUAAGAGGAAAGACAAUUCACCUGGAAACCAGAGGUGAGGUCACCAGCUCCAAAGGAGUCACAUGGGCCUCGGGGGGAGGAGGGACGUCCCGCCGUGCGGAGACAUCUCAGCGAUCAGAGACAUGUGGGAGGUCCGGGUGAAGAAGCACCGGCGGAGACAGAAGGAGGAGAAGGAGAGGAUGGAGCAGAGCGCCUUGCCCAAGAUCGACCAGCAGUGGCAGUAUCGUAUCUACUGUAAGACCCUGAAGACAAAGGAGCUGAACCUUCUGCAUUCUUACCUGGAGAGAUCUACACAGGUGUGCACAGAGGCGGAGCAGCAGGACCAGGAGGACCGGGAGCAGAGCGGGCUGAUCUUCCGCCUGGACGGAGCUCAGUGGAAGGACUUCCCCGGGGAGCUGAGGGGGCGGAGCUACCUGAGGGAGUGGCACGUCAUCAACACCAACAUCAGCCGGCUGCCCGACUUCCUGAAGCUCUUCACCCAGCUGAGAGUCCUGCAGCUCCCCAAGAACGCCAUCGAGGAGCUUCCUCCAGAGAUCGGUUUCAUAUUGUUCUUCAGUCUUUUUGGUAAACUUUUGGCUUUGAGGGAAUUGAACCUCAGCUACAACCGCUUGUCCACUGUCCCUCCUGAGCUGGGACACUGCGAGGACCUGAGGAGACUCGAGCUCACGGGGAACCGCGACCUCUCCGACCUGCCGUUCGAGCUGAGCGGCCUGAAGCACCUGGUGCACCUGGACGUGGCGGAGAACCGCUUCGCCUCCGUCCCCAUCUGCGCCCUGAGGAUGAGCGGCCUGCGGCUGCUGGACCUGAGCAACAACCGGCUGACCGACCUGCCGCAGGACAUGGACAGGUUGGAGCAGCUGGUCACCCUCUUCCUCCAUAAGAACAAUGUGUCCUACCUGCCUCACUGUCUCACUAACAUCUCCACGCUGAAGAUGAUCGUCGUCAACGGCGACGCACUCACCUGCUGCCCAAUCAAACUGUGCAGGAACCCAGAGAUCAAGUUCAUUCGACUGUGUGACCGUGUGAGUUUAGAGGAGGAGGAGGAGAAGAAAGGGAAGAGGAAGAGGUGGAGGCAGCAGAGGGAGGUGGAGGAGGUGAAGAAGGACAGCAGAGAGAAGGAGUUCAUUGAGGUCUACAUCAGCUCUUUGAAGGAAAGAGACACCGUCCCUGAAUCCACCACCAAGGUGUCCAUCUCCUGCCUGCUGUGACGAAGACGAGGAGGACGAAGAGUCAUCACAAUCAAACAGUGGGAUUUGUGUUUUAGACAUUUUAGCACUUUGAAUUGUUGGGUUAGUUUUAAAGUUUUUUUCUCCUUUAAAAAUUCCAAAAUCAGAUUUACAACAUUUAAACAGUUUGACAUCAAAACGCUGAAGUUUACCACCUCAUUAUUAUUAUUAUAAAUAUCCCAAUGUUAAAUGUCAGUAUUUGAAGUUCAGAAACAAAGUAUCUGGAUUUAAUGGUUCAAGUUGAAAAAGUGACCAAAAGAGAAAAAAUUCCAGAAAUAAUAAAUAUAUGAAUCCAUAUUAUUAUUUAUCAGACUUUCAAUUCAAAUGAGCUGAUCAAUAACUUUGAUUUACUGGAAAAAAGCACUUCAUGUGAUUUCAUUUUGACAACUUCCUGUUUGCUUGAUUAUUCAGUGUAACUGAAGGUGCACUUUGCUUCUUGUUCUUUGGGUUUGUUUCCUUGUGGUUGAAAUGAAUUAAAUGUGAUGUAAUGGAAUGAUUCUCUGAAUACUGUUUAUCGUUUUGAAGUUGUUUCCAUCUGAAGUCAAUUUAACUUCAUUUCAAUCCGCACUCAAAAUGGAAAAAUCUAUUUCGACGAGAAGUUACACGUUUAUAAAUAAAAUCAAACAAAACAAAUGGAUUCAGCUGUCAAUUU